AUGGAAUCUACCGGUAAUCAUGGAGGGAUCCAGCAACUUCUUGCUGCUGAACACGAAGCUCAGCAAAUUGUCAAUGCCGCUAGGACCGCGAAAAUGGCUAGACUGAAGCAAGCCAAGGAAGAGGCUGAAACAGAGGUUGCUGAGCACAAAACAAGUACGGAGCAUGGAUUCCAGAGGAAACUCGAAGAGACCAGUGGAGAUUCAGGUGCAAACGUGAAGAGGCUUGAGCAAGAGACUGAUGCCAAAAUCGAGCAAUUGAAGAGCGAAGCUUCGAGAAUCUCCAGAGAUGUUGUGGAGAUGCUUCUGAAACAUGUGACCACAGUGAAGAACUGA